GGGGAUCCCUCGGCACCGGGAGCAGCCUCCGGGCGGCCCCGCGGCCUCAGGGAUGCCGCUUCGGGCACCGACCCCGAGGCACAGCCCCCGGCGAGCCUAACACCGCCCGGGGCUCGGCAGGAUGGAAGGCACGGACGUCCCCAUGGCUGUCCCCACGGGUGUCCCCGCGCUGGCCACAGAGCCGAGGUUCGCCCAGCGCCUCAGGCAGUGUCUGCAAGAGGAGCGGCUCCUGGACGGGCGCUACGGGCUGCAGCGGGUGCCGGGCGGCCGCGUGGCCGUGCCGGUGCUGCCGGAGAAGCUGUCCCAGCUCUGCCUGCCCGCGGAGAUGCCCUGUGAGCUGCUCGGGAUCCAGGACCCUGUCCCCUCCAGGGCCGCCCGCCGGCGCUCGCCGGCCCAGAGGCUGCGGGAGGAGCUGCGGCGGCUGCUGGGGGCCGGCUGGUCGGGGGAGCUGGAGCGGGACGUGCCGCACGCCUGGCAGAGGCACGGGGACCUGGUGCUGCUGAGCGAGGACAGCUUCAGGGCUGAGCCCUGGGAGAGGCUGGGCUCGGCGCUCUGGGAGACGAUCGCCUCUGCUUUAGGGGCCCGGCGGGUGGCCAGGCGAGGACGGGUGAUGCCGGACGGGAUGCGGAGCCCCAGGGUCACCCUGCUGCUGGGCGAGCACGGCUGGGUGGAGCACGUGGAUAACGGCAUCAGGUACACCUUCGAUGUGACCAAGUGCAUGUUCUCCCCGGGAAACAUCACCGAGAAGCUGCGUGUGGCCUCACUGCCCUGCUCCGGGGAGGUCCUGGUGGAUCUCUAUGCAGGCAUCGGCUAUUUCACGCUGCCGUUCCUGGUGCACGCUGGAGCCGCCUUUGUCCAUGCCUGUGAGUGGAACAGCCACGCCGUGGAGGCCCUGCACAGGAGCCUGGUGCUGAACGGGGUGCGGGAUCGCUGCCACAUCCACAGCGGGGACAGCCGGCAGCUGCAGCUGCAGGACGUGGCAGACAGGGUCAACCUGGGGCUGAUCCCCAGCUCGGAGGAAGGCUGGCCAGUGGCCUGCCGCGUCCUGAAGAAGGACACGGGUGGGGUUCUCCACAUCCACCACAAUGUGGAGACUCGUCCCGCGCCGGCACCGCCGCAGAGCGCGGUGCUGCUGGCUGAGCGGGGCUCUCCGGAGGCAGCCAGUCCUGCGGGAGAGGCACAGCACCGGGCACAGCACGGUGGGGAAGAGACUCUGGAGGCCAGGCUCAGGCCCGAGUGGCAGAGGUGGGCUGAAGGCACGGCCACACGCAUCCAGGGGCUGCUGGCAGAGCUGCACGGGCGGCCGUGGCGCAGCAGCGUCCUGCACAUCCAGCCGGUGAAGUCCUACGCGCCACACGUGCAUCACCUCGUGCUGGACCUCGAGUGCCGGCCUGUGCUGCCCGUUUAGUGGAGCUCCAGCUUCCUUGGAAGGGUGGCCAGCAGUGUCCAGCUGCCAGCCUGGAUGUGCCUUGUGUCCCCUAGUUCCCAGGUGGCAGCACUGCCUCCCCGUGCCUGGGGCACCCGGGGCUGCGCUCCCCACGGCAGAUCCCUUCAGGAUCCAGACAAGGAUGGAGCAAGCUCACUCUGGGGCUCAGAGUGCCAGUGUUCUACCCUGGCUCUGCCAGUCGCUGCCCAGGUCUUGGACACGUGGUAGCACCUUGAGCCCCAUUUCACACAGGAAAGAGAGCCACAGUGCUGAGAAGCCUUAGGUUCCUGCUGGGUUCAUUUCAGCAGGUCAGGGACAAGCUUUGUGCUUGUAUUUACCAGCAUGCUUUUUUAAUGUCCUGGAAGCAAGUCUGUUCAUCUUGUUUCCUUCCUAUUUUUAUUUUUCAGAAAUAAAGAUGUUUCUCACCA